GAAUCGAAACUCUCUCUCAAUAAUAAUAAUAAUAAAUAAAGAAAAGAAGAAACAAGACGAAGAGGAUCGAAGAGCCGUCGGCGAGAAUAAGACCUGCGAGCGGAACAAUCCUCACCGAUGGCGGCAGCGCUUCGUUCUGCGGCGAGGAAGAUCUGCGGUCACGCCUUUGAGCGACCGCAGGCGCUUCUCAGGACGGCCACUUCAGCUGCCAUCAAGGAGGAACGGCGGCGGCUGCUGCCAGGGAUUAGCCAUGGCCGAAGCUCACUCCGCCAGUUCACCUCCUCCGAAUCACUGAGUGUUCUUAAUAAUAAGAACAAGGGUUGUAGAUAUUUUUCUCAAAGAGGAAUGAAUGAGCUUAUGAAACACAAAGCUUCUUCCAAUCAUCUGGUUAUUAGAUGGUUAUCAAGCGAGCGGUCAUUGAAGUCGCGCUCGUGUAGCUUAUUAUCAGCCUCCGAAGAUAAACCACCUACUUACUUUGUGGCUUCAAGAUUUAUUUGUUUGGCAAUGAUGUUUGUGUAUAUCUUAACACUUUGUCAUGUGUCAAUUCCCUACUAUAAGUCAACCAUGAAUGUGGUAGAGGAUAAGUAGGUUGCCACAGUGUACUUGAACUUGGAUGUGUCAGAACUUAUGUUCCAUUCAGCUUCUACCUUAUCUUUGUGUGGAAUCCAACAGUAUGAACUGGUUUCCCCAUGA